AUGCCUCUCUCAUACAACGUCACUCUGAAGCCCGACGCCUCUCCGGAAAAGCUUGAAGCUGCCAAGGAGGAGGCUAUUGGCAAGGGCGGUACUAUCCAGCAUGAGUACAGCCUGAUCAAGGGCUUCGUGUUCGUCACCCGUCACGACAUUAUACUUCUUUGGGCAUAUUUACUCUCUCUUGUUAGAUUCAACGCUAACACUUCAUCUCCUUCUAGUGUCGAGUUCCCUGAUGACCACGUCGAUACCCUGGAGUCCAACGACCACGUCCACGUCGAGAAAGAUGCCGAGGUCAAGACCCAGUAA